AUGGCCGAAGAUAACAACAACAUGCAGCCGGACGUCCUCAGCGCCCUGGUUGCCGAGAUACGAAGUCUGAGAGAAGAGAGUUCCCGGAGAAACACCCAGUUUGAAGAACGUUUUAUUGCCCUGGAACUCCAACAACACCAGCAAGCCCGUUCGUCUGAACUCCUAGAGCCAACGCCAUCUGUCACCCCGGCUGUCCCCAUUGAGGACACCCGUGUGGUCGCCACUCACAACCCUCACCCAACCAAGCGCCCCAAAUUACGAGACAUACCGAAAUUCGGCGGCGACAAGGCCCAGUGGCGAAGCUGGAAACUAGAAACCGAAGGAAAGCUACGAGUCGACAAAGAAGCCCUUGGAGAUGCAGAAGGCCACUUUAUGUACAUCUUCAUGAGCCUAGAAGGCAAGGCUAAAGACAACGUGACCACAUUUGUGGAGAUGCAAACCGAGAAGAAAACGUUCAAUGUUGCUGAACUACUCAACCGCCUCGAAUUGCUCAGCUAUGUUGGGCUGGCGAGGAGGUGCGAUUCGCUGAGCAGCCAGAUGGAAUUAUUGGCGGUCACUAAAGCCGAGGUCGCCGAAGACGAUACUUCUUCUCAUAACGUCAGGGUGAACGGCACAGACUUCGUGCCAUCUCUUGUCGACUAUGGCUGCCUCUGCUACGGCGCGGUUAGCAAGCGCACAUUUCACUCUCUCCAGUUGCCACAUAUACGCGUUCAGCCGCGUAUCUUGGAGAACGCAGCCGGAGACGGCAAGGAGGUCAAAAUCGACAAGAUCACGUAUGUGUCGAUCGACCUCGAUGGACAUCAGCAGCAUCGUGUUUUCAUGUACGUCAUCGACGAUCUGAACUGGGAUAUGAUCCUGGGUAAACGAUGGAUGGAAGACCAGGAUGUUCACAUCCAUGCGAAGGAAGGAUAUCUCGAGAUCGGGUCCAAUGGAGUUCAACUGCCACCACAGUACCACAAGUGGUCUCGAGCUUUCUCUCAGCAACUGGCCGACCAGCUGCCCCCUCAUCGGCCAGCCCUACCCUGGGGACCGCUUUACAGCAUGUCCCGCGAGGAGCUAUUGGUACUACGGAAGACUCUCACAGAACUACUCGACAAGGGAUUUAUUAGAGUCAGCAGCUCGCCAGCCGCGGCACCAGUCCUUAUGAGGGACCGCUAUCCCUUGCCCUUACUGAGCGAGACCUUGCGAACGAUAGCCAAGGCAAGGUGGUUCACCAAGGUAGAUGUUAUAGCAGCGUUCCAUAAGAUCAGGGUCGCCCCCGGCGACGAGGAAAAGACAACUUUCAGAACGCGCUAUGGAUCCUUCGAAUGGCUGGUAGUUCCAUUCGGCCUGACAGGCGCACCAGCAGCCUUUCAGCGGUACAUUAACAGCGCGCUCCAGGAUUACCUAGACGAUUUUGUGUCAGCAUAUAUCGACGAUGUCCUGAUCUUCUCCUCUGGAAGCCUGCAAGACCACCGCGACAAGGUCGGCAAGGUCCUCCAACGACUGAUGGACGCCGGGCUGCAACUGGAUAUCAACAAGAGUGAAUUCGAAGUCAAGGCUGUGAAAUACCUUGGGUUUAUCAUCGAGGCGGAGUGUGGGAUCCGAGUCGACCCUGAGAAGGAUGUUUAUGCCAGAGUUCUCGGUGAUAGCGGAGCGCUAACGCGGCUAACGAAGAAGGACGUGCCAUUCCGUUGGGAUGAAUUGUGCGAAGAAGCCUUCGAGAAGCUCAAGGACCUGUUGAUCACGGCCCCAAUCCUUGCACACUUCCAUCCAGAAAGGAGACUAUCGUGGAAGCAGACGCUUCAGGAUUCGCGUCGGGAGGCAAACAUUCGGCAGCCGAAGCGAACUACGCUAUCCAUGACAAGGAGCUACUCGCCAUUCUCAGAUGUUUGGAGCAGUGGGAACCAGAGCUACGGGCAGUAG